AUGGGUCGCCGCAAGAUUGCCAUCAAGCCGAUUCGCGACGAUCGCAACCGCAGCGUCACCUUUCUUAAGCGCAAAGGCGGUCUGUUCAAGAAGGCGCAUGAGCUUUCCGUGCUCUGCUCUGUCGAUGUCGCAGUUGUCAUCUUCGGCCACAACAAGAAGCUGUACGAAUACUCAUCGUCGGACAUCAACGAGAUCAUCGGCCGCUUUCAAUAUUAUGGCGGUGCACACGAACACAAGGGACCACAGGACUUUGCUGACAAGGGUGGUGGCGGAGACGACGACGAUGAGGAAGACGCGGGCGACGAUGCAGGCGGCGAUGACCAACGAGGAACACCAGCACCAGACCAUCCCAUGAUGCAGCACCCGGGUGUAGGCGGACAGAUGUCGCAUCAUCCAGGAUUCCAACACGUCGCUCGUCAUGGAACGCCCUCCGGCUCACCACCAAUGCACAACGGAGGCAUGCCGCAGUUCAAUAGAGCCCCCUCCCCUCUACCGCCAGGAAUGUCCCGUCCAACUUCCCGCAACGCCCAGCAUCCAGCACACCACCAAGCACACAUUCGUCGAACUAGUUCGAAUCUUGGGCCCCAAGGUCAACCACAGCCCACUUAUGCUUACGCGCCGAAUCAGCCCUUUUACAGCCAACAAGCACAAAUGCAAGCACCGUCACAGCAACCUGUUCAACAACCAGGCUCCUACCCACCUCCGUACCCGCCUUCCAGCCAUCCGCAAAUGCAACAACAGCAAGCCUUCAUGCAGGAUUCCCGCCAGACAUCAAUGCCUCAAGGAUAUCCUCAACAGCCGCCACCACAAGCAAACAUGCAGCGCCACCCUUCGCAAGAACAUCUCCAUCCACAGCAGCAACCUGGACAGCCAUCUCCAAGGAUAGGAGAGAGACCGACACCAUCGCCUCAGCCGCCGCAGAAUGAAUUCGCAAGCCCGCAGAUGCCCCAGCCUAGACCGAUGCCCGCUCAUGCCAAAUCCCAUAGUAUCUUUACACCCAUCGAUGACAGUCGCUCACUGCUAGCACAACACUGGGGAGCCACUGGGAAUAGUGAUAUGCCUCGAUCAGAGGCGUUGAUCAAACUCGAGGGAGGUGGUCCGCGGUCAGCCUCGAUAGAUGUCGCGCAAAUGCAGCGCGAUAACCAAGCUCGAGCGAAUGGAUCAUCGACACAGAUCAGGCCACCGCCUUCACGACAUCAAAGCAAUUCUCCUAAUCCGCCACCACAGCGUACCGCGAGUACACCUGCUGCUGGUCCUGCGAGAGUCACCGCCGGUCCGGAUGCUAAGAGACCGCGACUGAAGGUGCAGAUUCCCAGUGAGCAGUCUGGCGAUGAAGGAGGGUCUGGUUCUGGCAUUGGCGACGACACCAGUGAACCUCAAACGAGUAAUCCUGCUGGCGUUCAAGCACAAGGCCAACCCUCGAUCGGUGUCCACUUGCCACCUCCGUCACCCAGCGCAGGCGCAUUGUUGUCAGCAGGUGCACAAGGGCCACCCAAUCCUUUCGCGCGACCCGCUCCGCCUAUGAGCACGAAUCCUCACGCAGCAAACCGAGAGGCAGCUAGCAGUCAUGUCGAGACGCCAAUCUCCGCACUACCGAGUCGCUUCAUGAGUGAUAACCUUCUUCCCUCGCCAAGCACCUUCUACCCUGAAUGGGGUUUCGGACGAUCAGGCGACAAUAACAUGCUUCCCUCUCCGCUGAAUUUCCAGACGCCGGUCGUGCCCAAUGGGUCUGGAUGGCGGGAGGAAGAAAGGAAAAGGGCGGCGGAAGAGCAGGAUGGAGGUGAUCCGAAGAGAGCAAAGAGCUAG